GGCGCAACCAUUUCACACCUCUACCGCGUGAGAAUAGGCCUAAUAUAAAUAAUAAUAAUCCGAGGAGGACAGAUUGUGGGUAAAACUCAGCCAGUUAUCAUCACAAACUGCAGAUUGGGACUCGCAGGCGGUGGAGGGGAGACGGAUCGUGGUCAUUUAGACGGUGCGCAAACUCCAGCAGCAGCGGCAGCAGCCCUUUGGCAACUUACAAAACCGGUGCGCACAGCUGAGCGCGUUUCUAAUGUAAAACACAGUGUCCGGUAUUAAUCGCGGAGUGUCAUAUCUGUGCUCAGCCGGUACAUAGAGGAGUUUUACAGCAGUGCAUAUCUACAGGAACGACAUCAUAGAUCUCCUGCGCUAUCGCCGCGGACAGAAGAGGAGGAGGAGAGCGCUGAUUCACGGCUUACAGGAGGAGGGAGAGCCGUGCGGACAGGCUCACAAGAUCCAUCUCUUACCAAAGGGUGCAACCUUAAAAUACUGACCCCCCCCCCUCCUCCCCUCUCCUCCUCCACCUCCUCCUCCUUCCUCGUCAUUGACAGCUUUGCGACCCGGUCAAUCCGUCAGACAGGGAGGAUCUGGGGAGGAGGGCGCCAAGGCAGGAGAGGACGAAAGGCGAUCACCUCUGGCUGGUUUGAUCCAAUCGCCAAUACGAGCAGGCUGGAGACCUGCCUCUCCAUACAUGAGGACGACACAGCGGCUUCACCACUGGAUAUUAGUCCGAGGAGCACGUUUGGUUCUAGACAUCCAAACAGCGAGAUUAUAGCCAAACUACUGGCAGGUUGAACUGAGCGUCAGAACAAUAAUAAAGGGGGCGGACAGGAGCUAUUUCGCAGUGUCUACAUAAACUCCCCGGAAUACAAAUCCAGGUGGUGGGUGGAGAAAAAUCACAGCCCAGUGCUGGAUCCCAGAGGGAUUGUCAGUGUGGUAAGGACCCUUGAGACGAAGGAGGGUGCAUGGAGGGUUCAAGGCCUGUGAAGCCAGGGUCAUCAGCCUGCCUCUGGUUGGGGCUGGUCUCUGUCGCUGUUGCCUUCCUUUGCACAGAAGCCCGGACCACUCCAAGCCCCUUGCUCAGCCCAAACAAUGCGACCUGUACGGGGAACUCAAAAUGUAGUCCAGGGAUCAUCCUGCCCAUCUGGUAUCCUGAGGAUCCCUCCAUGGGAGACAAAAUCGCAAGGGUCAUUGUGUAUUUUGUGGCCCUGAUCUACAUGUUUCUCGGAGUAUCCAUCAUUGCUGACCGCUUCAUGGCGGCCAUUGAGGUCAUCACAUCCCAAGAGAGGGAGAUUGUCAUCAAAAGGCCCAAUGGAGAAACAACUACCACCACAAUCCGAGUGUGGAAUGAAACGGUCUCCAACCUCACCCUCAUGGCCUUAGGCUCAUCUACCCCUGAGAUCCUGCUCUCUGUUAUUGAGGUAUGUGGACAUGGAUUCAAAUCUGGUGAGCUUGGGCCCUCAACAAUCGUUGGCAGUGCUGCCUUUAAUAUGUUUGUCAUCAUUGGCCUGUGUGUGUCGGUCAUUCCCCAAGGGGAGGUACGCAAGGUGAAACACCUCAGAGUGUUCUUCAUCACUGCAGGCUGGAGCAUCUUCGCUUACAUCUGGCUCUACAUGAUCCUGGCUGUGUUCUCCCCAAAUGUAGUCCAGGUCUGGGAAGGUCUACUCACACUGGCCUUCUUCCCCAUAUGUGUAGUCCUUGCCUGGGUGGCAGACAGACGACUGCUCUUCUACAAGUUCAUGCACAAGAAAUAUCGCACUGACAAACACAGAGGUGUCAUCAUCGAGACAGAAGCUGACCGCUCCAAAGGGAUUGAGAUGGAUGGCAAGAUGGUCAACUCUCACUUCAUGGAUGGAAGUGUGGCAAGUAAUCUUAUUGGUCUGAUUGAGAGCAAAGAGGUAGAUGAAUCCAGGCGUGACAUGAUCCGCAUCCUAAAAGACCUGAAGCAGAAGCAUCCAGAGAAAGAGUUGGAUCAAUUGGUUGAGAUGGCCAACUACUACGCUCUCUCACACCAGCAGAAAAGCCGGGCCUUCUAUCGCAUCCAAGCUACACGAAUGAUGACAGGAGCCGGAAAUAUCCUGAAGAAACAUGUGGCAGAGCAAGCCAAGAAAAGCGCCAGUGUGCAGGAGGUGCACGUGGAGGAGCCAGAAGAGUAUGUGUCUAGAAUUGCUUUUGAGCCUGCUGUCUACCAGUGCCUCGAGAACUGUGGUGCUGCUAUUCUGACCAUAACCAGAAAGGGUGGUGACAUCAACAAAACCAUCUACGUGGAUUAUAAGACAGAGGAUGGCUCGGCUAAUGCUGGGGCAGACUAUGAGUUCACAGAGGGCACAGUUGUGUUCAAACCAGGGGAGAUGAUCAAGGAAAUAAGCAUUGGCAUCAUAGAUGAUGACAUCUUUGAAGAGGAUGAGCAUUUCUUUGUUCGCUUAGGUAAUCUGCGUGUCUUGGAGACAGAGGAUGAGGUGCUGUCCCCCAACAGUCUCCCAUACCCAAAGGCCAUGCUGGGAUUCCCCACCGUGGCCACUGUCACCAUUCUGGAUGAUGAUCAUUCAGGCAUUUUCACCUUUGAGAGCGGCUCAGUGCACAUCAGUGAGAGCAUAGGCAUUAUGGAAGUGAAAGUUCUAAGGACUUCAGGAGCAAGGGGGACAGUCAUUGUGCCUUAUCGCACCAUGGAAGGACUGGCCAAAGGAGGAGGGGAAGACUUUGAAGAUACUUACGGAGAGCUUGAGUUCAAAAACGACGAGACCUGCAAAUUUGUUCACGUGAAAAUUAUUGACGAUGAGGAGUAUGAGAAAAACAAGAACUUCUUCCUGGAGCUGGCCGAGCCACGCAUGGUAGACAUGAGUCUGCAGAAAGCCCUGUUGUUAGCAAACGAUGUGCCAGACAGGAAGCUGACUUCAGAUGAGGAAGAAGCCAAGCGGAUCGCAGAGAUGGGGAAACCAGUACUGGGGGAGCACUCCAAACUGGAAGUCAUCAUUGAAGAAUCAUACGAGUUUAAGAGCACAGUGGACAAGCUGAUCAAGAAGACCAACCUAGCACUGGUGGUGGGAACUAACUCCUGGAGAGACCAGUUCAUGGAGGCCAUUACAGUCAGUGCAGAUGAGGACGAAGAGGACACGGGGGAAGAACGGCUGCCGUCCUGCUUCGACUAUGUCAUGCACUUCCUGACCGUCUUCUGGAAGGUCCUGUUUGCCUGUGUUCCACCCACGGACUACCUGAACGGCUGGGCCUGUUUCACCGUCUCCAUCGUCAUCAUCGGUCUCCUCACGGCCGUCAUCGGCGACCUGGCGUCUCACUUCGGCUGCACCAUCGGCCUCAAGGACUCAGUCACCGCUGUGGUUUUUGUGGCACUUGGCACAUCAGUCCCAGACACUUUUGCCAGUAAAGUAGCAGCCGUCCAGGACACCUACGCAGACGCCUCUAUCGGGAAUGUGACCGGCAGUAACGCUGUCAACGUCUUCCUGGGAAUCGGCAUGGCCUGGUCAGUGGCGGCCAUCUACUGGCACAUGAAGGGAGAGCCGUUUGUGGUGGAUGCCGGCUCGCUGGCCUUCUCUGUCACUCUCUUCACCAUCUUCGCCUUCCUGGCCGUCUCAGUGCUGCUUUACCGGCGCCGGGCCCACAUCGGAGGAGAACUGGGUGGGCCCUGGGGACACAGACUGGCCACAACAGCCUUCUUUUUUAGCCUCUGGUUCCUUUACAUCCUCUUCUCCAGUCUGGAAGCCUACUGUCAUAUACAGGGCUUCUAAAUGGAAUGGAACUGACUUCAGUUUGAGAGUUUAAAGUACAACUUCAGAGGUAAAAGAGUGAAUCCUCACUGUGGAAUUUAGGUCAGUCUUGUACGGUAUGAACGGACAGGAGAGGUAAACCCGGGGUUUUCCACACACCUCCCUCCCUCUCCCUCUCUCUCUCCCUCAAUCCCUUCUGUAAGGAUGCUUGGAGGUGUGAAUUCUGCCCUCUAGUGCUCAGAGGCCAGGCUUUAGGAGAGCCGCCCUGAGCCCUCACAAGUGUUCUUACAGCUGGGAUUGGGUUACCACCAGGUCCAGAAGAUGCGGAGGGGUGGUCCUGCAUUCCACUGGAGGAGACUGCGGUCUUAUAUCCGGAGAGAGAUGAGUUAAUCAGAGGUCUAUAUUUUUCUCAACAUCUGAUGAGAAUGACUUUUUUUAAAAAGUAUUUUGGGGAUAAAAAUGCAAAAAAUAAACAAAACAAAAAAAAAAUCACAAAAAGAGGAAUCAAAGAACUAUUUUCUGAUUUACGUGAUGGAAUAACAAAAGAUUAUAUCGUAAAUGGAAAUAUGUUGUUGAGUGACAGUGGGAUGGGUUCAUAGUAUUUAUUUUUAUUUGCGUAGUUUCCUAAGGAGCACUGCAGAAGUCACACGAGUGAAGAAGAAGACGAGCGACAGUGACAGCUUAGGUACUUGCAGACGAAUCACCGUUAAAACAGGCGAGGAGGAAGAGGCGGACACAGUGAACAUUGUCAAACUGCCCUGAACAUUACUUCAGUACUCUAUACCUAUCUAUAUAUAAUAUAUUUCCAUAUUUUCUGUAUAUUUUGAAUAUUUGUUUAAAUGUGGUCACCUUCUGCUCUAACAACAGAGGAUUGCUGUGGCUAAGGGGUGGGGAGGGGGGUUCAAACUAUAUACUGGAACGAUGUCUUCACAUUUCUAAGAGUUAUGUAUCUUGCCUAUAGGUAAAAGUAUGACAUUGUAUUUUAUUUACUGAUAUCUUGGUCUCACUCGAGUUUUCACCUUUUCAAUCAGAAAUCAAAAAAGAAAAAAAAAAAAACGUGUUGCUGCAGAGAUAAAUUCAGAAGUAUUUUUGUACUGUUCCUUCCAUGCACUUUGCUGUAUAGUUCUAUUUAUGGAGACUUCUACUUGUACAUGUGCAAAAGGCCAAUAUUAAAAGUGUCACUAUAUGUAUGGACGGAACAGAGUGCCUGUGGAGGGAAAAGCGUUUGCUGCAGAUGCCCACACUGAAUAGCUUCAUGCACUGCUCAGUUUCUUAUUAAAAUUGUCAAUUUACUGUUUUUUCUUUUUUUUUUUAAAGCUGCAUUAAUUGAUGUUUGGCCACAUGGGGGCAGCAGAACAAGCUGAAAAUGGAACAUCUGCUGUCUUAUGACUCAGUUUAUUUUCAUGUCAAGUGGUUUUCUUAAUCUUAUUACUAAUUUUAGUGUGAUAAUAAUCAACUUUGAUGCAAAUUCGCACAACGGUGUACCCACACCUACACUAUCACUCAGAAACCCUCAUCGGUUAUGUUUUAAGACAUAAUAAAAAUAGUCUGCAUUGAAUAAAAAAUUAAUUUUAUUACAUUUUUUUCCACAAAAAUGUGAGACUAGGGUAACCAGGUCCUCAAUAUGUUUGUGUGGGUCAGUGAGGGUGUGAUGUCUUUCUAAAU